AUGCAUAUAUUCUUCUCAGCGCGCAGAGCCGACGCAUGGAGCCCUUCCCGCCGCUCCGGGAACGAGGAGAGGUAUUCGCCUCGAAACCCCGUGCGCUUUGUGGCGCCGCCACAGCGGUUAGUCCCGCGCUGUGCGCUUUGUGGCGCCGCGGUGGGACGGAAGCGGCGCCGGGUGGGCGGCGGGCCCUUCCGGCGGGCUCGCUGGCUGUCUGCGCUUUGCCCCGCCACCGCCUCCUCCUCCGCCUCCUCCUCCCCCACCGCCGCUCGCUGCCGCUCGGCGCCUCCAUCCUGGUACUUCGGAGUCUCCAUCCUGGUUUCUCAAGUGCCCGGACCCAAAACAGGAAGUAAGCGCGCGGGGGCCUGCGGGCUGCCAAAGGCCGGGAGCGGCCGGGCCGCGGGGAGGUGGCGGCGGCGGCGCGCGGGGCGGGCCGAGCCGAAGGCACCGGGAGGAGAGAGGCGGCCAUGUCCGACCCCGCGCUUCAGCCGCGGCCGGGAUGGCAUGGACAGGGCCGCGCCGGGCCGGACUGGCCUCAGCCGGCGCCGCUGCCCGCUGAGAGGACGGGAAAAUGGCGGCGGCUGCGGGCCGGGCCCAAAUGGCGGCGCUGGCGGCCGGGGACAGCGGCGCUGAGGCGGGCCCCGGGGCUGGCGGAGACGCUUCCCCCCGCGGCCGUUCAUCUCCGCCUCCACGGCGCUGCCGGGCGGCAUUUGGGGGCGGGGGUGCGAAAGUGGGGAGAAGCUGUGAGAGCUCCUACAGCGCGGGGGUCGGGAAGGGGAGGACGGUGCGGGUUUUGUGUUAAACUUCUUCAUCUCGGUGUCUGUAAUAAAGGGCCACCUGCGGGAACGCGUUUAAAGUGCCCGGUUUCCCCUCUCUCGGGCUAUGGUUGGGGUAUCCUAAGCUUGUGGCUUUUAUUUGCUUCAUUUCGUUAUUUCUUAUCCAGCGAAGGUGCUGAAGUUGCUCGGGGCUUUGAGUGGGUUCUGAAAUGUGUUACUCUGCCGGGAUCAGGGUUUGCAUCCAAGAGCAGGACCAGGCUUCCCAGCAUCACCGUUACACUCCGUUUCACCACUGUGCCCGUUUGGGAGGAGCUUUUCCUUCAUUUCCUUCUUUUUUUCACCCCUUUCCUUUUGAGAUCUCUUUAUUCUUGAGUGUGUAUUCAGGCACAGUGAAGCGCGUUACACUUCAGGUCUUUGGCUCACACUAUUUGUGUGCCUUUAUUUGCUAUUGUUCAGAUCCACCUGGCCAUUGUAAGUAAUAUACCAAAGUAAUCUAGAAAAUCUUUUCUGUUUGCCAGCACUGCUCUGGCAGUAGAUGGAAUUAAUUCCUUGACAGCGUGGUUAAAGUCCUGCUGCAAAAACAGAAGGUGUCUUAGUAAGAAGGUGGAUGCUUCUACUUAAGUGGCAGCAACUCCAUGCUUGCUUUCUGGACACCUAAUAGAACUGCCUCUGUAGCAUUGUAUGACUUACUCAGAAGGCUGAAGAGUGAGUUAAAUGCCUUAAAUAGAAGAGUUGGACACGAUGAUCUUUACGGAUCCCUUCCAACUUUGGAUAUUCUAUGGGGAUAGCUUUAAACUGAACGAGGGGAAGAGCAAGUUAGAUGUUAGAUUCUUUAUUUAGGGGGUGGUGAAGCUGUGUAUGCCCUGUCUCUGAAGGCAUUAGUCCCUGGGCUGCCUGGUCUGAUGAGGGGCAACCAGCCCACGGCAGGGAGUUGGAGCUAGGUGGGCUUUAAGGUCCCUUCCUUCUAUGAUUCUAUGAAACGUUUAUCAUGUGCCUGUACUGUUUCUUACCGUUUCUAACACGCCCCUAUUUGUGAGAGCUAGUGCUGUGUUUGUUCAUCUGCCUAACAGAAAGCAGAAGAGCUGUGGUUUUAUCUCAUGCCUUCUACAGUUAGCAUCCAAAAGUUGAUUGUUAUCCUAAGUUCCUGCCUCUUUAUAAUGGUGAAAAAGUUGAUUGCUUAAUGCUUCAAAUGAAGCUGGAUUUACGUGAAAGAAAAGAAAUUAUUUUAGUACACCUCAGUCUUAACAAGAUUCUUAUCCAUACCCAUACUUUGUGCCUGGGGGCUGUUUCCUGUUAUUGGGAAGGGGAGGCACUUUCUUGUUUUGUUUUCCCUUUUGAAGCAGUGCUAACUUCGCUUUGUGUGUUUUUGACAUGUAAGCAUGCUCAGUGCUUUUUAUCAAAAAAGCAGUGGAUACAGGCUAGCACUCGUGGAAUUCUGCCAAAUGUAAAUAGGUGUGCAUCAAUGUAAAUGAGAACAGUUUGUCCCAUUGACUACAAUAUAUUUCCUUUUUUGUGACGGCCUGCUUCCUUAAAUACCAUUAACGAGUAGAACUUAAUCUUUCUUGCAGGACUGCGAUCUCAUGUUGACACAGCUUAAUAAAUCCUUGUGUAUAUUGAA